UCUGAUAAUAUAUCGCCUGUCAGACCAUGAAAUUAUUAUCGUUUAUUAUGAUCAAAAGUGCUCUUUUCAAAUCAUGCCGAUUUCUCGUGUUUCUUCAUUAAUCGUGUUUUUUGUGUUUCUAAGAACAUUACAAGGUGUUGAAAGUGAAGUUCGUACAUUUUCAACCAGUACCUUUGAAACCAAUUGUUCGUCUUUGCAACUGGAGCAGUAUUUCUGCAGUCCCGAAAUCGAUCCGUCAACUCAACAGCCUAAAGGAUGUAGCAAAAACAACUUGGCUCACACUAUAUGCAUGGCAGCAGAUGGGAUCCAAUGUGUGGAGAGUGGAAACAACACUUUUCCAAAAGAAAUUCCAUGUUUAUGGACAAAUGGAUACUCAUUUGAGACAUCGUUGCUACUCUCAGUGUUUCUUGGAAUGUUUGGUGCUGAUCGAUUCUACCUGGGGUACCCAGCAAUAGGUCUUUUUAAACUGUGCACAUUGGGUUGCAUGUUUCUAGGUCAAAUUGUGGACAUCAUAUUGAUUGCUACUCAAACUGUUGGACCUGCUGAUGGAUCUCAUUAUAUAAUUAACUACUUUGGACCCAGGCUUUCACGUCUAGAACUUGAUAAUGAUACUUACCGAAUGCCUCAGUUUGAUUGGCCAGAACUUUGAGAUUGUGAAUUUUUAAUUCAUACAUUUUUUUUUUUUUUACUUUU